GCUGGUUGCCGCAGAGACGCCCCGCCCCCCCCCCGCGCGCUGCUGCGGAACCGGGAGCCCUGGGCGGCGGACGCGGAGGGACGCAAGAGCGGGGCAGGACCGGACGGACGGACACGAGGGACGGAGCCGGGGGCCGCCGCCAAACUGACCGACGGACAUGUCGAGUUAUCCUGCCUGUGUCUGUGGAGGAGUAUCAAGUGGGACAACUGUAUUCGGUGGCAGAGGCCAGUAAAAACGAGACUGGCGGCGGAGAGGGCGUCGAGGUGCUGGUCAACGAGCCCUAUGAGAAGGAUGGCGAGAAAGGCCAGUACACACACAAGAUCUACCACUUACAGAGCAAAGUGCCGACGUUUGUACGAAUGCUGGCCCCGGAGGGGCCCUGAAUAUCCAUGGAGAAAGCGUGGGAACGCCUAUCCUUAUUGCCGGACCGUCAUUACAAACGAGUACAUGAAAGAUGACUUUCUGAUUAAAAUCGAAACUUGGCACAAACCGGGAGACCUUGGCACACAGGAGAACGUCCACAAGCUAGAGGCAGCUUCGUGGAAAGGCGUGGAAGUCGUUUAUAUAGACAUAGCAGACCGGAACCAGGUGCUUGCCAAGGACUACAAGCAAGAGGAAGAUCCAGCAAAAUUUAAGUCAAUCAAGACAGGACGGGGACCGUUGGGCCCCAAUUGGAAGAAGGAGCUCCCGAAUCAGAAAGACUGCCCGUACAUGUGCGCCUACAAACUGGUAACCGUCAAGUUCAAGUGGUGGGGGCUGCAGAACAAAGUGGAGAACUUUAUUCAGAAGCAAGAGAAGCGUCUGUUUACAAACUUCCACCGGCAGCUCUUCUGUUGGCUCGACAAAUGGGUGGACCUGACCAUGGAAGAUAUUCGUAGAAUGGAAGAGGAGACCAAGAAACAGCUUGAUGAGAUGAGAGAAAAAGACCCAGUGAAAGGAAUGACAGCAGAUGACUAAAGCCACCCUUCCCCUCCUGCACUGUAUGUACCCAGAGAGCUUCUCCCCGUGCAUGCCCCAGAGCUAAAAUCCGUUCUGGACCAAAAGGCCCGAUCAACUCAUUGGAAAACUACCGUGUCGCUCGUCCUUUCCGCUAGUGGCGAUGACGGGCUGGCCUUGUGGGCAGCGAUCUCACUUUGGAUCACGUUUUCAAUCAUUCGCCAACGUCGGGAAGUUGCGGGGGCGUGUUUGACUCUUAGAAUCACACCGCGGGGCUAGGGGCGAGGGAGGAGGGUUUGGUAAGGAAGGACUAGGAACUGAAGGAGAACAGAAACUACUUUUGUCUCCCUACAGUAUCAUUGGGGCUGUGGCCAAUGGGGAAUGCUCUUGACACAAAAUGUCCAUUACCCAGCGCCUCGUCCCCAUAUCCCACUUCUCCCCUCUUCUCCUCCCGCCCCCCCUCCCCGAGGGCAGUGAAGAGCCAAAGUAGGGAUAAGCCCCAGGCAGUAAGAAUGGCAAUCAUGAAGAAGAUUCCUUUCUCCUGAUAGUCACCAUCCAUGGCCUCUUCUCCCUUCCAUUCCAUCACUCGAGGCCUGAUGGUCUGGUGUCUCUCUGACCGGGUUUGUACCGUGACAAGGCUUGGCUGUUCUAACCCCUCUGUCCGACCUGGACCGGCCUCGCGCUCCUCGGAGAGGUCACCGACUAGGAAAGAGUGACGGAGCCCCCCUCACCCUCCCACGCCCACUCACCGUUGUUUGAAUGGUGUCUGGGGAUGAUCAGGUGGUGGGGCUCUUUAAAAAUGAACUCCUCGAUUGCUCCAGGCCCUUGGUUUCCCUGCGCUCUGCUCUAAACCCCUUCCCAGUUCCUUCUGUUUUCCCUGUUUGGAGUUGUCCGAUAUCUGCAGAAUUCGGGGUGCCCUAGGCUCCAGGCUGCCCUCAGUGGGUGCCCGAUCCUGACACUCUCCCACCCCCUCAAAAGUUCAAUGGGCAAACUGCCGGCUCUGCCCUCUUCGGUCCCAGAGGAAAUUGUUUUCAAACUAGAAGUUGCUUCGGUUCACCACUAUCCACCUUAGCCUGGGGUUGCGGAGGGAUCAUGGGAGCCUCUCCUUCCUCUCCUCCCUCCUCUCCCCUAGAAAGUGUUUCUCUUGUUGGGGAUGGGGAAAGAGGAGGGCAGGUGAUCUGGGAGGGACAAACUUGUGAGCGGGGAAUCACUGCCGCCCAGAACCGCCCAGACUUUGAAGCCUUUGGCCCGACCUCUCUGAACAUCUUGAAGUGCAUAUUAAACCUGAUUCACCAAUG